GGAAAUCGCCGUAUGAAUGCCGGAAAUCGCCCAAGAAAUCGCAAUCUGAGGGGUACUUUAGAAACUUAAAAUGUGCUUUGUUUUAAAUCUCGUUCGAGAAACUGCAGGGGAAGUUGAAUUCUGGCGAACUUCUAUUGAUGCACAGCGCUCAAUCUGUACUACGAUUUUUGAUUCCCACAAAUUUAACACAAACGCUGUCGAGAAUUAUAUUUUAUUAAGUGAAACAAACGAUAGAAUUUAAGUAAUCUGAGUCAUCAACGAAUAUGGAGCUGCAUGUCUGCACACCUCUGAUUAUGAUACAGGCAGGAGUCUGAGACAGGACACUGAGACAACACUACCAGAGCUCACUGAGCAGCACAGGAUCAGACAGAAAGAAGAGGAACUCAGUGGACUGGAGUCUGUACACAUGGCAGAGUCAGAGACAGAGUGUGCUGCACCAGGACUCAACACACUGGAGCCAGAGUGUGUUACAGCACACAGUGGGGUCAGUGAUGUACACCACACACACACUUUACUGAUAAAAACAGAAACUGAUCUGGGCUCCACCCACACUGGAGAGCUUAAGACAGAGAGCCUCGACUAUACAGAGCUGGGAUAUCUAGCCCAUCUGCAUUAUGACCAAAUCAAAGCAGAGGCUGAAGACGGAGGAUACCUUAAACCUAACAAUUUCAGUGACUUGCAGGAUAUUAAAUGUGUUCUUAUUAAAUCUAAUCAAGUGAAGUGUGAAUCCAGUGAACGUUCAGUGAGUGAUCUCAUGAACACUGUGAUGAGUGGAGUUGGUGUUGAUCAUAAAGACAUGACUGAAUCAUGGCAAUGUGCUUGGGAACCAAGCCCAAAGUGUAAAAAAGAAGAGAUUCAUGAUCUGUUGACCCAAUGUGAAGACUUAAAUCAUCACUUUGACAGAAAUAAUGACAAUGCUGAACCGAAAAUUGUCAGGAAAAGUAGAAAGGGUAAUUUGAAUUUCUUUCAAAACGAGACAAUUCCCAGAAAUAGAGGUAAAAUUAAAACUGGUGAAAAGCCGUACAAGUGUACACAUUGUGGGAAGUGCUUUCACCAAAUGUGUUUUUUAAUUAGGCAUCAGAGAAUUCAUACGGGUGAAAAGCCUUUCAAAUGUACUCAGUGUGGAAAGUGCUUUUCCCAGAAAAGUACUUUAAAUUGCCACAAUAAGAUUCAUACAGGAGACAAGCCUCACAAGUGUGCACAUUGUAAUAAGUGUUAUAGAUCCAAGUCUUGUUUAAAGAAACACCUAAGAAUUCAUACAGAUAAAAAGCCAUACAGGUGUGCACAGUGUGGUAAGUGUUUUCCUACAAAAACUCAAUUGAAAAUACACCAUAGAAAUCAUACAGGUGAAAAGCUCUACAAGUGUACUCAUUGUGAGAAGAGUUUCACCCGAAGAUAUGAUUUAAAUCGUCAUCUGAGAAUUCAUACAGCUGAAUAUCCCUACAACUGUGGACUGUGUGGGAAGUAUUUUUCCCAACUAAAUGAUUUAAGUAUCCAUUGCAAAAUCCAUGCAAGUGAAAAGCCUUACAAAUGUAUUCAGUGUGAGAAAAGUUUUUCCCAAUCAUCUCAUUUACGUAGCCACCAGAGGAUUCAUUCAGGUGAAAAGCCCUACAUAUGUACACAGUGUGGGAGGUGUUUUUCUCAAUCAUCUCAUUUAAAUAGGCACAAUAAAAUUCACACAGGUGAAAAGUCCUAUAAAUGUACUCAUUGUGAGAAGAGUUUCUCCCGAAAAUAUGAUUUAAAUCGUCAUCUGAGAAUUCAUACAGUUGAAUACCCCUACAACUGUGAACUGUGUGGGAAGUAUUUUGAUACAAUGUCUUAUUUAGAUAUACACCUGAGAAUGCAUACAGGUGAAAAGCCCUACAAAUGUAUUCAGUGUGGAAAGUGUUUUGCCCAAUCAUCUAAUUUACGUAGCCACCAGAGGAUUCAUUCAAGUGAAAAGCCCUACAUAUGUGCACAGUGUGGGAAGGGUUUUCAUGCAAAGUCUUAUUUAGAUAUACACCUGAGAAUUCAUACAGGUGAAAAACCCCACAAAUGUACUCAGUGUGGGAAGUGUUUUUCCCAGUCAUGUCAUUUACGUAGCCACCAGAGGAUUCAUUCAGGUCAAAAGCCCUACAUGUGUACACAGUGUGGGAAGCAUUUUGAUACAAAGUCUUAUUUAGAUAUACACCUGAGAAUUCAUACAGGUGAAAAGCCCCACAAAUGUAUUCAGUGUGGAAAGUGUUUUUCCCAAUCAUCUCAUUUAUAUAGCCACCAGAGGAUUCAUACAGGUGAAAAGCCCUACAAUUGUACACAGUGUGGGAAGUGUUUUUCCCAAUCAUCUCAUUUAAGUAGGCACCUGAGAAUUCAUAAAGUUGAAUAGUCUUUUGCGUAUACCUAGUUGACCCCCAGAAAGUUGAAAAGUAAAACUCCUUUCUUAAUGUGGGAAGUAUUUUAUGAAAGCAUACUUUGCAAAAGAUUUUGUGUAAUAAGUGUUUCCAAUGUGUUUUUUUUUUUUUUUUUUUUUUGCUUUUUUUUUUUUUAAAGCUGGUAUUUCUACCAAAAUCUCUUCAUGUUGUUUUAGAAAGGAAUUAUUUGAAAUGAUAAGCAUUAUAUGUACUCUGUGGAAGGUUUGUCACUCUUGCAUCAUUUAAAUCUUGACCAAAAACACUUUCAGAUAUUUUCAGGAAGGAUGUGCAAGUUUUUUAAUUGUAGAAAUGUGAGAAAUAGUGAGCACAGUGGUUUGAUAAGUUCAUUUCAUUUCAUAUGUUCAUUUCAUAAAAUUUAGAGACCGACAUUUGAAAACAAUGUAUGGGGCAAACUGGGGUCCGAUUGUCCUUCAGUUCCAAGUGCUUGUGACCAUUUUAUUCUUUAGAAAUUAUUUUGUUUGUAGUCCAACAGGUGAUGCAUUCUGAUGAUGAAACUGACACUAGUGUAAUUUGUUUGAAAGAAGCUAUUUGAAAACUUGUUGGAUGUAAUGAAGAAACGGGGUAAUGCAUAGCUCAGGGCGACAUAGUUCAGGAGGUAAGACUGAUUGUUUGGCAGUCGGAGGGUUGCCGGUUCAAACCCCGCCCUGGGUGUGUCGAAGUGUCCUUGAGCAAGACACCUAACCCCUAACUGCUCUGGUGAAUGAGAGGCAUCAAUUGUAAAGCGCUAUAUAAAUGCAGUCCAUUUACCAUAUUGGAUACUUGUAUUCUGAAAAUGAUCUUGACUGUACUGGCCUUUCAGUUCUGUUUCUGUUGAUGUAGAACCUGCUUGUUGCAUAUGAAUUGUUUACAAAAUAAUUUUACAUUGUGAAUAUGCACAUAUGCCUGUAUGCUUUAUAAAUGUCUGGAUGAACUCUUUCACUGUUCAAUGUCCUUCAGUGUGUCAUUGUUUUCCCCUUUACUACCCAGUUUGUAAAUGUAGUUACCUGUUGCACAUUAACACUAAUUGUGCAAGAAAUAAAUUUUACUCAUGGGGUGUGGAUUGCCCUAAUCAUUUGAAAUAAUUUCAGUUUGUCUGAACAUGUGAACUUAGGGGAAAAAAAGUUCACUUAUCCAAAAAUAAAUAACUAACUAAUGUGAAAA